AUGGCACCAUCAGAGGUCCAGCCCAAUCAGAUAGUCUUGUCCAAAGCUACGAAACAUCUGCAAGACCUUCAGGCAAAAUACGUUGUCGGCGGUUUUACACCGCUACCUGGCUUUAUGGACAGAGGCAAAGGCGCUAAGCUCUGGGACGUUGACGGCAAAGAAUACCUCGACUUUAUCUGCAUGUUCAGCGCCUGUAAUCAAGGCCACUGCCACCCCAAGAUCGUUUCAGCCUUGGUCAACCAGCUGAGCAAGGCCUACAUUAUCAACACCUCGACGCACAAUUCCCGCUGGCCCGUCUUCGCCGAGAUGAUGUGCAAGCGCUUCAAAUACGACCAUAUUUCUCCCAUGGUCACUGGUGCCGAAGGGGCGGACCUGGCGUGCAAAAUCGCGAGACGUCAUGCAUAUGAAAAGAGGGGGAUUCCGUCAAAUGAGGUCCUGAUCCUGGCGGUUUCUGAUAGCUAUCACGGGCUUUCAUCGGGUGUGUGGAAUCUGCAAGAUCCCAGCCCAGCAAGGACUGCAUAUGGUCUUGAUAGCACUCAACACACAAAUGUGAACCCUUCAACUGGAUCGUUGCUGCGGUAUGGCCACGUGGACGAUAUGGCGAAAUGUCUUGCAGAACACCAUGCUCGCGUUGGCGCCGUCAUCAUGGAGUGUAUCCGUAACACUGGAAACACCUACGAGGAAGAGGUCACCUUCGCCCGCGGCGUCUAUGAUCUCUGCAAAAAAUAUGACAUCCCCUUCAUCGCCGAUGAGGUGCGCAUGGGCUCCUGCAAGACGGGCAAGUUCUUCUCUUUUAACCACCUGGGCCCCGACGUGCGCCCUGACAUGAUUGUCAUCGGCAAGUCCAUAACUGGUGGUGCCUACCCAGCAUCCUUUGUCCUCGCCGAUGCUCCUAUGAUGUUUGUUCUUGGCCCCUACGAGUCUGGUUCCACCUUCGCGCACACUCCCAUGGCCUUGGCCGCUGCUGAGGCAGCGCUUUCCGUGCUCGAUGAGGAAGAUAUGGCGAGGCGAGCGCAAGAGAUUGGGGAUAAGUUUAUUCAACUGACGGACAAUUGGAGGGCGCAUCCCCAUGUGGCCGAUAUCCAGGUCCGCGGGGCCGAUUUCAGCAUUCCAAUCCGCGAGGAUCCACAGCGCGGUGUCACAGCGAGAAGAAUUGGUGGGCUGUGCUUGAGCAAGGGGCUUUUGCUGUACCCGCUUGAGGGCAGGCUGCGAAUGAGCGUAAGUAUGGUGAUGUCGGACGAAGAAUUGGAUAAAGGAUGCAAGAUUAUUAAGGAGGCAUUGGAUGAGGUUGCGGAUUAUCCUUAUGUCAUUCCGGGAGAGGUAUGGGGCAAGGCGUAG